ACCGUUUUUCUGCCGUACAGGCACAUAGUUCAGAAAAAAGUAAAAUGUUCAUGUAGUCGCUUACCAGAUUGUAAAGAAUCAAAUUGAACUGUUGAAAAAACAAACAGCUGAACAGUGUUUUCCAUUUUCAGACAAUGUCUCCUCAUAAUAUAUCCUGUAAGACAAAACACUGGGUAAAGCGGACGUUCUAAGGAGGAUGAUGCGUUUUUUUUUUAUUAUCGGCUGGUUUUCAUGCUGUCAAACACUGAUAUACUUCUCUACACAUUUCUUACUGAUUGCAAGCUUUUAAGAUUAAACACGUCAAAUCCAAAUAUUAUAUAAUCCAAUGCGCUUUUCCCCGUGUUUUGUUCUGAAACGCUACGGAGCUAUGGUACGUGGACAAUAUAAUUAGUUGAGCAGGUUAGCUUAUGGUAGCUAACUUUGCUAUGCCGUGUUCUAACUAAACCAGGACAGUGGUGAAUAAAAGCUUCCUGCAACUUCCAGGUGUUGCUGGUCAUGUGCCCAUGGACAAAACGGCGUUUGAGGGGUGGCUGGAGUCUGUCUCUGCCACUUUCCUUUCUCUCAAUGACCAGCAGCGUAACCAGUGUCUGGAUCAGCUCAUAUCUCUGAGCGGCGCCGCCCAGCUUCGGCAUCUAUCCAACGGUCUGGAGACGCUCCUGAAGCGGGAUUUCCUGCGCCUCCUUCCUCUGGAGCUGGCUUUCUACCUUUUGCGGUGGCUGGAUCCUCAGACCCUGCUCACCUGCUGCUUGGUCUGCAAACAAUGGAAUAAGGUGAUCAGCUCAUGCACAGAGGUGUGGCAGAGCGUGUGUCGGGAACUGGGCUGGCGGAUCGAUGAAUCCAUUCAGGACGCAGCCCACUGGAAAGGGGUCUAUCUAAAGGCUAAACUGCGUAUGACGCAGCUGAAGGGACAGGAGGCUUUUGAGACGUCGUCGCUGAUUGGCCACAGUGCCAGAGUGUACGCCCUGUACUAUAAGGAUGGCCUGCUCUGCACAGGGUCUGACGACCUUUCUGCCAAAUUAUGGGAUGUGCGUACUGGACAGUGCAUUUAUGGAAUUCAGACGCACACAUGCGCCACGGUAAAAUUUGAUGAACAGAAGCUGGUGACGGGUUCUUUUGAUAACACUAUUGCAUGCUGGGAAUGGAGCUCAGGCGCUAAAAUCCAGCAGUUCCGGGGCCACACUGGAGCAGUCUUCAGCGUGGACUACAAUGACGAACUGGAUGUCCUGGUCAGCGGUUCUGCAGAUUUCUCCGUAAAGAUCUGGUCGCUGUCUGCUGGUGGCUGUCUCAACACUCUCACUGGACACACUGAAUGGGUCACUAAGGUGAUAUUGCAGAGGAGUGAGGUAGAAUCGAUGGUGCACAGUCCCGGGGAUUAUAUCCUGUUAAGUGCUGAUAAGUAUGAAAUCAAGGUUUGGCCUUUAGGCAGAGAAAUCAACUGUAAGUGUUUGAAAACGCUGUCAGUAUCAGAAGACCGCAGCAUCAGCCUUCAGCCUCGCCUGCAGUUUGAUGGACGCUACAUCGUCUGCAGCUCUGACCUUGGCGUUUAUCAGUGGGACUUUGCCAGUUUUGAAAUUAUUAGAGUAAUAAAAAUGGAGGACCCAGCCAACCUGUCCCUGCUAAGCUUUGGUGAGGUGUUUGCGCUUCUUUUCGAUAACCACUUCCUGUAUGUCAUGGACCUGAGGACAGAGUCGAUCUCGGGCCGCUGGCCUCUACCGGCUUACAGGAAAUCAAAGCGAGGAUCCAGCUUCCUGGCAGGCGUGACCUCCUGGUUGAACGGCCUGGAUGGGGGCAAUGACUCUGGACUGGUGUUUGCCACCAGCAUGCCUGAUCAUAGCAUUCACUUAGUUCUAUGGAAGGAGAACGGCUAGUCAACCAGUGAUGUCACACGUUGGACUGUUGGCCUGUGAGCCUCUUUAAUAAUCAUAACUGCCAAAAACCUCCUUCAUGGAACAAAGCAUGUUGUCUUCUCCCCGUUUCUUCCUCAUGAUUCAAGUCCUCCUCUAGAUCCUUACAUGAAUAUUAACCCAUGGAUCCUUCAUACAAGCUAAGAACUGAAAGGAAUUUGUCACUUUUGUGCUAAAAAUGGAUCAGCGCCUGUUUGGAAGAACUUCCAUGAAGCCAAAAUGACGAAGAUAAAAGAAACAGUAGUAACCAAAAUAACAUCACUAUCUUUUGUAAUAUAUGUAAAUGUUUAAAAGUACAUGGUUAUUGCAGUUUGCUCUUUAAAUAGUCGGCGUUAUGCCAGCGAGGAAGAUCUGUAGCUGACUUUGGAUGUCAGUCGCUUGUGUUCUGUCAGAUGAGCAUACCUUUAGUUUAUCCCUUUAGUUUUUUUUACGAAAAUACUCUUUAAACUGCCUCAACGGUUGUCUUUCCAUUUAGUCAUGAACAAAAAAACUAUAUAAUUACUUCUUUUUUGAUGUUUUUUUAAGCGUAUGGCGAUCUCAAAGGGAUAAACGCCUGUCGAGGUAGCUUAAAGUACAUUUUUUUGUACAAAACUAAAGGGAAAAAUGCAAAUGUGACGUUUUGCGCAUGUGUAUUUACUGGUCUGAAGGGUAUGCUAAUCUGACAGAACACCGGGCUGACGCCAUCACGAUAUCUUUGAACACGAGCAGGGGUGCCUUAAACUCACUUGCAUCAAAGGGGAAAUGAUUUGCUUCCAGACUGCGUUGCGUGAUGACAGGAGAGGAGUGGUUCGGUAUUGCGUUUCUAAACACCGUUUAUCGUUAAGGAUAUCCAGUUUAAAUGUCAGCUUGAUAAAUGUGAUGUGCCUUUUGGUUCUUUCCAGUUAGCUCCAGCAGACUGCAGUUAGGCAACGACUUUUUGUUUCUUUUCACAUAUUCAGACAGACUUAGAUGCCUGUUCAUUUAAAGCUAUAUUCUGGAUAUUUGUUCAAUCAAAAACUGUUUUUCUGAACCACGAUGUUGAACUUCCUUCUUAUGAAAAGCCACAGAAAAAUAAGACGGAGAUGAAAGAAUUUGGUGGGGUCAAACUUUUUUUAUUUUUUUAUAUUUUUAUGAAUCUAAAACACCAGAGUUCGUUUACGGUAAUCUGACUUUAUAUUUACCUUGUCCUCCUCAGCAGAGAAGUUAAAUCAGGUUUAUUAAAACAUCAAUGUGACCUGUAUGUAUGAUAAGACUAAAGGAAAAAAAAGAAAAGCCAGAACAGCUCUAGGUUUCUAAGUUUACAUCUGAGUACAUAGUGUUUAUCAUCACAAAGGUUUCUGCCACACAAUGACAGCUUGAGUCACCUUAAUCUACUUCAUUCUUCUUAAUAAAAACAAAAAUGGUUAUAAAUGUGUCGUAU